GUAGAUACAAAAUUGCAAAAAAAAUACAUAUGCAGUAUAUCUAAUAUAAAAGUUAAAAAAACAAUUUAAGGGGUAGAAGUAGGAACAUGUGAUUUAAAUUUCCAUAUUGGAUGACUAACAGUAGAAUUUGUCGUAGAAUUACAAGCAAAAAUAUAAACGCCAAUUGGUCCUGGAAACGCAUACUCAUCUUUGAAAUUGGAGGUUCGGAUGGAUACUAUUGGAUCAAGGUGUUCAAGAUUAGGAGGAAAAAAUUGCCAAAGUUGAAAUUGUGAUAGAGGAGAGUUACUAGUAAGAGAGAGCGCUUUGCCUGCAACGUAUGUGACUACCAAACCACUUUUAGAGUGAGAAAUCUUAUAAUUUUUUUGAUCACCAGUUAAAGC